CAGUGUGAGCGCCCCUGUGCCUCCUGCCCGGGACCAACAGCUCCUCCAGCGGAUAAACCCUCCGGACUGUCCCGUGCCCGGUGCUCCGUGUGUCCCCGGGCUGUCCUCGUGUCCCCGGGCUGUUCUCGUGUCCCCGGGCUGUCCUCGUGUCCCCGGGCUGUCCUCGUGUCCCCGGGCUGUCCUCCUGUCCCGGGUCAUGCCUGUGCGCCUGUAGCGGCUCAGGCUUCACCAUGAGCGGCUGGAGCGCUGCGCAGUCCCGCCUCGUGCACUACUUUGCGGUGUGUGGACUGGACCCUCAGACCGGGCUGGAGCCGGACCAGUCCGCGGCUCUGUGCCGGUACCUGGAGGCGGACCGAAGCGGCGAGCCCUGCCCAGAAAACUGCACAGAGCCGAGUCUGGAGCACACAACGUUCCGCUCCAAAGUUCUGGCACGAUUCCCGGAAAAUGUGGACGGGAACCUCUUCGACCAGGACGCGGUCAAUAUGCUGUGCGUUCCCGGGGGUCUGUCGUUCCGCACUCGUCCGCUGCCUCCGCACUUUCACUCGUUCCUCAUCACUCGUGAGGACUUCAGUCGGACCUACGGCUUCGUCCUCACCUUCUACGAACAGGUGAGGAGCGAACAGGUGAGCGUCGCCAUGGAGACGCUGCUCAACGGGCACCGCCGGACCCGAGACCGGACCCGAGACCGGACCCGAGACCAGACCCGAGACCCGACCCGAAACCAGACCCAAAACCAGAGUGAAGACCAGAAGAAAGACCAGACUGGAGACCAGAACAAAGACCAGACUGGAGACCGGACCCGAGACCAGGCCGGCUCCUCCUCCAGCCCCUCCUCCACCUCCUCCACCUCCUCCUCCAUGGACUCCCUCUCCAGCGGGGGGGAGUACACAGACCUGUGCCCGCCUGAAGCCUCCGUGCGUGGGGUGGAGUCGGCGGGUGGCGCCCUGUACGUGUCCAAAGCUCUGUGUGUCAUCGCGCCGCUGCCUUUCAUGGGCGCGUGCCGCAGUUUUCUGUGGCAGCUGCACCGCGCCGUGAUGUCAGAGACCCCGCCCCCUCUGCCGCUGGAGAGCUACGUCUACAACCUGCUCUACGAGGUGCCGCUGCCCGCCCUAGGACGCUCUCUGCGGUUCCAGGGCGUGUACGAGCCAAUCGUCUGCCAGCGUCCGGGACCGGCCGAGCUCCCGUUGGCCGACUUCCCCCUGAGUGAGGUCAUCGGUCUCCUCGGACUGGACAACCUCAUCCAGGUGUUCACCUGCACGCUGCUCGAGAUGCAGAUCCUGCUCUACUCACAGGAUCCUCAGAGUCUCAUGUGUGUGUCCGAGUGUCUCUCGUCGCUGCUCUUCCCGUUCCAGUGGCAGCACGUGUACGUCCCGCUCCUGCCCUCCACGCUCCGUCACUUCCUGGACGCUCCGGUGCCGUACCUCAUGGGUCUGCAGGGUCAGGGGGGCGGGGGCGGGGGCCGCGCCUGUCUGGACCUGCCGCAGGAGGCUAACUUGUGCUUCGUGGACAUUGAUAAUCAUUCCGUUGAUCUUCCGGAGGACUUCCCGCACUUCCCUCUUAAGUCGGACCUGAUCCAGGAGCUGAUGGACGUCCUGCAGAGCUCCGGCGUCUCCGCCCCGGAGUCGAGCUCCUGUCCCGGGUCGCCGCGUCCGUCCAGCUCCCCCUGCACCCCCAGCGCCCUCCGGAGGAACAGCCUGGAGGCGCAGGACCGACGCAACGGGAACCUGCCCCCCAACCAGGCGGCCAUCUUGGAACUGCUGCAGAAGAACGAGACGCUGGAGAGACUCGAGGCGCUGACCAGACGCACCGGGGUCAGCGUGGCCAGAGUGGACGCGCUGAGGGCAGGGGUCAAAGGUCAAAUAGCAGAGGCGGAGAGACGGCGUCCGAGCUCUCGUCUGGAGGAGGAGAAGAGGGCGGCCAUCUUGAACGCUCAGCUCAGAGAAGUCUUCGCCGCUCGCUUCAUCUCCAUGUUCUGCGACUACGAGGCGUUUGUGAUCCACAGCUGCGGCGACCUGGAGACGUGGCUCACGGCGCGAGAGAACAUGCACAACUUCGACAAGGCGUCUUUCCUGUCGGAGCAGCCCGAGCCCUUCCUCCCGUUUCUCUCGCGCUUCAUCGAGACGCAGAUGUUCGCCUCGUUCAUCGAUCACAAAAUCAUGUCUCAGUGGGAGCAGAAGGAGGCGCUGCUGCGAGUGUUCGACCAGCGCAUCGAGAAGAAGAAGCUCCACCAGCUCCGAGCGCCAAACCUGAGCUCCACCCACGCCCGCCGCAGCUCCGCCCUCCUGCAGGCCGCCCAGGCGGUGGAGCAGAGGUACCAGAACAUCGACCACACGGCGGUUCUUCCUCACCUCCUGAACAUGAGGAUCGGACAAGGACGAGUCGACCAGGGACAUUUCCCCCGUCUGCAGAGAGACGCCCUGAACACGCCCCCGAACAGGUGAGACCGAGACCUGGGACUGAACCGGGGCUGAACCAGGACUAAACCAGGACUAAACCAGGACUAAACCAGGACUAAACCAGGACUAAACCAGGACUGUCUGCAGAGAGAUCUGCAGGAGUCUCGUUCUCUGGGGAAGUCUCUCCGUCAGCCCAAACUCUCAGACUUGUCUCCCGCCGUCAUCGCUCAGACCAACUGGAAGUUUGUGGAGGGCCUCCUCAAAGAGUGUCGCCUCAAGACCAAGCGCCUCCUUGUGGCUAAAAUGGGCCGUGAGGCUGUGGAGCUGGGCCACGGAGAUGCGAUGAUCUCUGGUUUGGAGGAGAACACUUUGGUGGCGUCUCUGUGUGAUCUUCUGGAGAGAAUCUGGAGCCACGGUCUCCUCGUCAAACAGGGGAAGUCGUCUCUGUGGUCUCACCUGCUCCAUUACCAGGCCCGCGAGGAGCGACUGGAGCAGCAGGCGGCUCAGGCCACACAGGGGGAUCAGGAGAGGAGGAGGUCCGACUGCAGCCUCCAGAACACGGCUCGCCUCGCUCUGCUCCAGGACAUGAGACAUGUGCAGCUGAUGUCGGAGAUAAAGACGGACGUGGGUCGAGCUCGCGCCUGGAUCCGCCUUUCUCUGGAGAAGAAGACGCUCUCACAACAUCUCAGACAACUGCUGUCCCGACAAGGCCUGACCAAGAAGCUGUACAAACGUUACGCGUUCCUUCGCUGUGAGGAGGAGAAGGAGCAGUUCCUCUUUCACCUUCUGUCCCUCAACGCUGUGGAUUAUUUCUGCUUCACCAACGUCUACACCACCAUCAUGAUCCCGUACCGCGUGGCCAUCGUCCCCAUGAAGAAGCUCAGCAACAGCCUCCUGACCUCUAACCCCUGGGUCUGCGUGUCCGGAGAGCUCAGGGACUCUGGGGUCAGACCCAUCCCCAAAAACCUGCUGGAGAUGGGCUUUGACUGUCAGAACCUGGGCCGUCUGACCACGCUGCAGAUCGGACACGAUAACGCCGGACUUUUGGCCAAGUGGCUCGUCGACUGCGUCCUGGUCAAGAACGAGGUCACCGGACACGCCUACAGAUUCCCGUGCGGCCGGUGGCUCGGAAAAGGCGUGGACGACGGCAGCCUGGAGCGCGUGCUGAUCGGCGAGCUGCUGCCCCCUGGUGGAGGCGUGGAGGAGGAGGCGGGACGAGGCUCCGGGACCCCGCCUCAACAAAGCUCCCCCUCCCAGACGCGACGGAUCAGCCUGAGCAGCAUCACGGCCAGAGGCAUCAAGCCGACGUCGGGGCAGAUCCAGGACGCAGUUGGAGAAGUCGUCAACAACAUGAUCAAACACUUCCAUAAACCAGAAAAAGAGAGGGGCAGUGUGACGGUGUUGUUGUGCGGUGACAACAGUCUGGUCACGGCUCUGGAGCAGCUCUUCGCUCACGGCUUCAAAUCCUCACGACUCUUCCAGAAAAACAUCUUCGUCUGGGACUUUGUGGAGAAAGCCUGUGCUCACAUGGCCUCAGCGCAGCGAGGGGCGGACCUCAGGGCGGACCUCAGGGCGGACCUCAGGGAUCAGGACCAGGGCCGCUGUUCUUUCUGCCGAUACGUUCAGGCCAUCAACUCAUCGUCUCGGAGCGUCGGGAAGGACGGGAAGUUCCAGCUGCUCGUGUGUCUCGGCACCAGGGACCGUGUGCUGGCUCAGUGGCUCCCCCUGUUGUCCUCUUGUCCUGUGACGUUUCAGUUUUAUGAGGACUGGGCUCUGAUUCGAGACGUUUCAGCCGUGGACAGUCUGAGCCAGGUCCUCCUCACUCUGCACCACUUCCCCCUGAGACUGGAGGCUUCACUGGUCAAAGGAAUACGGCUCUGAACCAGGACUAAACCAGGACUAAACCAGGACUAAACCAGGACCAGACCAGGACCAGACCAGGACUAAACCAGGACUAAACCAGGACUAAACCAGGACCAGACCAGGACCAGACCAGGACUAAACCAGGACUAAACCAG